AUGUCGGGUGAAGACGAUACCGAAUUCGAUAUCGACAUCUAUGGCGACGAAGCGCAAGCUCAGGAGAACCGCAACCAGAACACGCAAGAGGAUCAUCCAGAAGACCGCAUAGACUUUGGCGACGAUGACUACGACAACGCACAGCACUCCUACGAUGGCGCAGGCGAUGACCAGCAAUACCAAAACACGUCUCACACAGCUACACCUCAAGACCAACAGCCUCAAACAGGCACGAAGCGCAAAGCAGAUGAAUACGAGAAUGACGAUCACAACUCACAUAAACAUCAGCAGCCCCCUCAAAGUGCGCCCGCCGGUCCAGCCUCCCACUCGCGAACCUCAUCCCAAGCUCCAAACUCCAGUCACGGCCCAGUCGAGCACAACGCGACGGCAGCCCUCAAACUUCACGAACUUCACUGGUGGACCAACGAAGAAGACCUGCGUCACUUUGCAUCCCGCGCUGGCGUAGAAGAUCAACUCAAAGACCUGGCCUUCGGGGAACACAAAAUCAACGGAAAGUCUCGGGGCGAAGCAUACCUCGAAUUCUCCACACCAGCAGCCGCAUCCACCACCAAGAAGAUUGUCGAAGAACGCGAGCCUCCCAAAGAGGGCGAGACCGAAGGUCGAAGGAGGAAUGUAUUUCAAGUCUGGUUCUGUGCCGUGGGCAAUCCGUUUAAGGGCAGAGACAGUGGAGCUGUUUCAAAGAAAGAUGCCCAGGGAGCAUACAAUGCACCACCACAGCGAGGAGGCUUCAACCGCGGUGGCGGCUUUCAAGGGCGCGGAGGAUUCCAGGGGAGAGGUGGUGGCUUCCAAGGCGGCCGAGGUGGCGGCUAUCAGAACCAGAACCAGGGGGCGUGGAACAUGAACAACGGCAUGGGUGGUGGAAUGGGGAAUCCUAUGAUGGGCGGCAUGGGAAGAGGUGGGUUUGCUGGUAUGGGUGGCAUGAUGGGUAAUAUGGGUGGCAUGAUGGGUGGUAUGGGAAACAUGAUGGGGAAUAUGAUGGGAGGCGGUUUCAGAGGCAAUAUGAUGGGCGGUGGUGGCUUUCAGGGCAGAGGCGGAUUUCAAGGUGGGAGAGGGAAUUUUGGGGGUGGAGGAUUUCAGCAGGGCGGUGGCAUGCAGCAACAGCAAGGAUAUGGUGGAGGAGGAUAUGGCCAAGGUGCUCAGGGUGGACCUGCUAAGAGGAUGAGGAACGAGUAG